AUGGCAAAAACAGAAACACCCAAAAGAAGGACAAACAAAGUCUUGGGAACGAUCAUUCUAGGAUAUGAAUCAUUGGGAGCUAUCUACGGUGAUAUUGGUACCUCCCCAUUAUAUACACUUUCAAGUAUAUUUCCGGACAAAGUUCCUGAUACCGAACGGUUGCUCGGAGGUAUUUCUUGUAUAUUUUGGUCAUUUACCUUGAUUGUCAUCAUAAAAUACUGCUUAAUUGUGCUUAAAUUUGGUCCAAAUCAUAAUGAAGGUGGUCAAAUUGCCAUAUAUUCCAAAAUUAUUUCUGAAUUGAAGUUACAAAAACCAAACAAUACAGUUUCAAAAGAAGAUACGUAUAAUGACGAUGAAACAUACACAAAUGACACAAUUCCAAGAGAGAGUGAUCUUUUGACAUUAACAAGAACUAAUACUGUUGACACAUCAAGUUCUAUCUUCAGUAACAUGUUUGUUCGCAGUACAAUAUCCGUGAUCAGUUUAACAUGCGCUUUACUGGGUUGCAGCUUGGUUUUUUCGGAUGGACUAUUGACACCAACAACAUCGGUUUUGUCAGCUAUUGCAGGAAUUGCAACUGCAGAUGCAUCUUUUACUAAUAAGGUUAUGCCAGUUUCUUGCGCAGUUUUGAUUGUUCUUUUCCUGUGUCAAAGAUUUGGUUCAAACAAUCUCAGCAAACUCUUUUCUCCGAUUAUUCUUGUGUGGAUGAUCACUCUUGCAAUUAACGGAUUAUACUGGAUAUGCAAACAGCCAGAAAUUCUCAAAGCAUUCAAUCCAGCUUAUGCCUUCAAGUUGCUAGCACAGGAGAAAAGCAUCAGCAUUCUUUCUAGAGUCAUGCUAAGUAUCACAGGAGCUGAAGCUAUGUUUGCUGAUGUUUCACAUUUUGGAGCUUUCCCAAUUCAGAUAACUUUAUUUUUUGUCGUUUACCCAUGUCUCAUGUGUGCUUACUUUGGACAAGGAGCAUACAUUUUGGCAGACCCAAAGAACUUUUCGGAAAAUCUUUUUUACACUUCGAUACCUUUUGGAGGUGUUGGAUCCUCAUACUACUGGUUCAUUUUUGUUAUGGCAACACUUGCAACAAUUAUUGCCUCACAAGCUUUGAUUCUUAGUUGUUUUGCAAUUUUGAAGCAACUCAUUAAUUUGGAUUGCUUCCCAAGAAUGAGACAGGUUCAUACUUCGAAGAAACAAAAAGGACGUGUUUAUAUUCCAGUUGCAAAUUACAUUCUCAUGGUUGCUGUUGUUCUUACAACUGUGGGUUUCCAGAACAGCAACAAUGUUACGGCGGCUUAUGGUUUGGGAAUCUCCAUAGAUUUCCUUAUGACCACUACAUUGAUAGCUAUAGUAUUGCAUUACAUAUACAACUACCAUUGGAUCGUCUCUGUGAUAUUUUUUGUGAUAUUUGCUUCAUUUGAAAUGUGCCUUGUCAUUUCGGGAUUGAAAAAGUUUACCCAUGGAGCAUGGUUUCCAAUUCUUAUUUGCAUUAUAAGCUUUGGGAGCAUUAACUUUUGGAGAAUUUGUCGUUCCCUUUCCUUGAACAGUGACCUUAAGAGUAGGAAAUCAGCAGAAGAUAUGUUUGGAGAUAGGAUGAGAAUAAUUGAAAGGAAGAGAUUCGCUGUUCUUGAUCUUGGUAAUGGAAAACAAAGGGGAGUUAUUACUACUGGUUCUGCCGCUAAUUCAAAUUCUGAAUCUCAGACUCACGAAACUGCCGAGCAGGAUUCAACCGGUGCUGAGAAUACGGAGGACGAAAAUAGCAGCAUAUCCUCUGAGAAUUCUGAUUACGUGAACUUUAAGGACGAAUUUGGAAGUGUCAGUGUUCCAAAAAUCCAAAAGAUUGCACUCAUAUAUUGCUCCUCAUAUUCAACAAUUAUUACAGAGCAAUCCAUUCCAAGUCUACUUAGAAAGGUUGUGUCAUCAUUCUGGUCUCUUCCACAAGUUUGUGUCUUUAUUGAAACCAGAGUUUCGCCAUUACCAAACAUCCCAGAGGACCACCCUAAGGCUACAAUUCUACCAGUGUCAACUUCUUCAGAAUAUGACCUUAGCUUUUACAGAUGUGUGAUUCGCUCCGGAUUCAUGAAACAAACCAAGAUUGAUGAUGGCAUUUUAAAUGACAUCAGGCUACAGGUCAGAGACUUUGAAGAUGAUCCGAAAAUUAUGGAACUUCCUUUGAUGCAUAUUCUAGAGCGCAAUUUGACGGUUUCAAAGAGAGUUGAGUUGCUGUAUGAAUCAUCAUCCGGAUACGAUAGCGAUGACGAAGAAAACGGAAAUAAGGGCAGAAUUGGCAAGAUGGUUGACCAAUUGAAAAAGAAAUGUGGGAAAUUGAUCAAAUAUCCCGGAUAUUUCAUUCGGAAGGCGGCAAUAGACAAUAUCUAUUCCCCGCUAAGUAAUGGCUCCAUGGAGUAUAUUAUGGAUGAUCGUCUGAAGGAGAAAAGCACGACUGAACUUAUUUACGUUGGAGAGAAGGUGUAUAUAUAG